UCUGAAUCGCGAAAGCUGAGCUUCGCGUGGUGUCUGCUGUCUUGCCUCUCUCGUUUCCCGCCAACUCGAUAUCGCGCUGAUUUUUUAUCGCGACGAACUUUUCGCGGAAAAUUAUUAUGCCCGGACUAUACCGAUACAGAAUUAUAAUUAAGGUGUGAUUAUGUGUAUUUGAUAGGUACUUUGUAUAGAUACGAUGGAGUUCCUGGUCGCUGUUUUGUUUAUAGUUACGAAUGUACUGGGUGAGUGUCUCGCUAUCCUCAGUGGGGGCUCAGUAUUUGGCAAUCAUCCGACGCCGAAGUUUAUCUCCAGAGGGAAUACGUUUAAGGCCGUUACAGGAGACACCGUCGUGCUGCCGUGCGAAAUCCAGAAUUUAGGGCCGUUUGUGAUCGUGUGGAAGAGAGGCACCACCCUCAUAAGCGCGGGACAACAGAUAAUCAGCAUGGACCCCAGGAUAUCCUUGAUAGGGUACAAUUUGCAAGUGAAGGAUAUCCGACACUCGGACCAGGGCGACUACACUUGCCAAAUUGGGGACGGCACCCAGGGGGACCUUAUACACACCAUCGAGAUAUUGAUGCCCCCGAGUCUCCAUAUUCUACCCUCAAAUGGACAAGUCGUGAUUAGAAAAGGAGGACCAGUUUCUUUUGAAUGCAAAGCCAAUGGCAAUCCGACACCGACAGUACAGUGGUCAAAAAAGGACGGACUUUUACCCUCUGGUCUGCAGGUUGAAACCGGCUAUCUACUAAAUCUGAACGACGUCCAAAGGCAAGACGCGGGUAUAUAUCAGUGCACAGCCUCUAAUGGAAUAGGCCAACCCGUUACUGGAGAAAUUCGCCUUCACGUUCUUUAUCCUCCGGAGGUGAGCGUGCUGAGGUCGUGGGUCAACUCCGGCGAAGGCAUGGAGGCCAAGCUGGAUUGCAUUGUGCACGCGGACCCUCCCGCUGAGGUGACGUGGUACCAGGACUCGUUCAUGUUACAACCAACUGACCGACGACUCAUGUCCAAAACCGGCAACACUCACACUCUCGCCAUAAGGAACGUUCAACUCUCGGACUUCGGCAACUACAGUUGCGUGGUGUCCAACUCAAUCGGCCGCGACAAGCGCUACAUCGAGCUGUCCGGCAAACCUGGACCCGCUAAAGUCAUCAGCUCACAAUACUCCAACCCCCACGAGUACGAUCUCAAGUGGGUGGUUCAGUCCGUGUUUCCCAUCAUCGAGGUUAGGAUCCUCUACAGGAAAAUCAUGGUAAACACGUCCUACCACCACCCGGGCCAGUGGCACGACCUCCUGGUGAAGCCCCCCCAGACCUACAACUCGGCCACCAGCGAGAGGAGCCAAAGGUACCGCCUGACGAACCUCCAGGCUGAUUCCGUAUACGAAUGCCUUGUCCAGACCAAGAACCAGCACGGCUACGGCGAGCUGUCCGACCUCCACCAGUGGUUCACGUCGCCGAAGGGUCGCACCGUGGUGCAGAGCUCCGCGGAUGGUGUUAAAAAAUCGUCCACACUCGCGGUGGUGUCGGUGAUUGUGCUAUGCUUCGCCCUACAGGGGCGGGUAUAAGGAGAUUUUCUAGUCCAAUAUAUUUUUUUAUGACGUGCAGAUUGGUGGAAGAGAACCGUUUUUGUUUUUUUUUUUUCAUUAAA